GUGAAGUAGGCGGAAGUGUUUUUGUUGACUGAUGACGUUUGGCUUGAAGCAUUGACAGUUGUGGCUAGAAUGAAUUAACUUGAUAACUAGUGAAUGUGGAACUAUAUAUAGAGAGACAGACUGCGGUGAAAAGUAAGGCAGGGACAAGAUGUUGGAGUCCUAUGUCACACCGCUGCUGAUGAGCUAUGUCAACAAGUACAUCAAGAACCUGAAGCCGUCUGACCUGCAGCUGUCUCUCUGGGGAGGGGAUGUGGUGCUGAGUAAGCUGGACCUCAAGCUGGAUGUCCUGGAGCAGGAGUUAAAGCUGCCCUUCACCUUCCUGAGUGGGCACAUCCAUGAGCUGAGGAUCCACGUGCCCUGGACCAAGCUGGGCUCCGAGGCCGUGGUCAUCACCAUCAACACCAUGGAGUGCAUUCUGAAGCUGAGGGAUGGGGCGCAGGAGCGCUGCUUUGAAGUGGGGCAGCGCGAGGCGCACUGCCGGAGGAAAGACAACAAUAACAAGACGUUGUUUACCCAGCGCCGUUCUACAGCAUGCCGCCAUUAAUCCCCCGGAACAGUGUGAAAUUGACCAGUUUUAAAAAUGUUUUGUUUUUGCAGCUCUGCGCCCCUUCUACCCGCCCUCCUGCAGUUCUUUUGAGCUUCACUACUGAAAUUGAAAAAUUGCCUGAGCAAUUUGGGAGUAAGAAUACAAGAGAAAUUGCCCACAUGAAAUGUAAUUGGAAUGGUUACAGUGUGUCGCAUUUAACUUUUCAGAAAUGUUGUAUUU